CUCCCUCUCAAUUUCCCCAUUGGCGAGAGCUUGGCUCAGGGAGCUCUGCAACUGCGAACGACUGGCGCGAGCCACCGUCCUGUUCGUUCGAAGAAAGCCUCAGGGGAGGGUUAAAUCCAUCGAUCUUCUUUCAAAUUUUUGUUUCCGCUCUAAGAUGCUAUGGUUGGGUCACUAUAGCUAGGAUACGAUGGCAUUCUUCUGUAGAAUAAACCAAUCCAAGCUCAAGCUCCUUUCCAAUCAAUUCAAGAGACAUUACUUUCAAAUCUCUUAUGCUUCUUCGCUCGGCUCUGGUCGUAGAGAGAAGCAUGUUUCUGAGAAUCUCGAACGAGUAAUUCCCAUUAGGCCAGCUGAUCUUGGCGGUAAAGUCAGGUUUUAUGCUGCUCCGGUUCAGUUUCAGGGUAAGGCGAAGAAGGAAGAGAAGGAUACGAGUGGGCCGCGACUUAAUGAUAAAAUCAAGGCUGAGUUUGUCAGGCUUGUAACUGAUGAUGGACAUACAAUUCUUUCGCUACAUGAAGCUCUUGAACGUGCUCGUGAGCUCAAGCUUGAUUUGGUUGAGGUCCAACAAAAAGCCAAUCCACCUGUCUGUAAAAUUAUGGACUUCCACAGAGAGAAGUACAAACAGCAAAUUAGGGAGAAGGAUCGUGUUAAAAGCAAGGCUGAAGUGAGCUUAAGAAAGGGAGAUCAUAAAGAAGUCCGCUUCACUGGGAAAACUGAAGAGAAGGACCUAAGGAUGAAAGCUGAUAUGGUUAAGCGAUUGAUGGAACGUGGUUACCGUGUGAAGUGUAGUGCCAGGGGCGGUGAGGAUCAAGACUUGGGUGGCUUGUUAUCUCGUCUCUCUGCUUUGAUAGAGGAUGAGGCAGUGGUGGAAAGUGGACCAAGAGUGGAAAGAGGGCAGGCAUAUGUUGUAGUCAGGCAUGUUAAAUUUGGUCCCUCAAAGAAAGGGGGUGGCGGCAAAGCAUCGAAAGUUGUUGCAAAUCCGAGACUGAAGAUUCAAAAUGGCACUGCCCCUCUGGUUUCGGUUGCCCGUGCUUCAAGAACUAGUGAAGAAGAAAUGGAUCCUGAAGAAUCAGAUUCUGAAGCUGAUCUUGAGAAUUCCAAAGAAACCUGGUCAGCUGUUGAUGGUAAUAAUGAUUUUGACGAAGUUUUUGACUUGAAAGAUGAUGCAAAUCGGAUUCCCUCGAAAUACACUGCCAAGAAAAUGGAUGUUGUUUCAGACAGGGAUGUUAAUAUCUCAGACCUUUCGCAACUGAGGCGGUUGCCUGAUUCUGGUAGAACCAGCUCAGUUCCACUCUCUCAACAAGAUUCUUCAGUCAAAGCUGAGAAUAGAUACAAAAAGAUUGAACCUGUGACCCGAUUCCAACCAACAAAUGUAAUGGACAACAAGGGCCGAGGUGCUAGAGAUUCACACCGAUCAGAAACCCAGAUUCGCGAUCAGAGGAGGCACCGUCCUACAAACCCGAACUUCUCGCCCCCCAUGAGGGAAACCAGGCGAGAAGAGAACAAUACUUCUCCAUUAAGAAACAUAAAGCAUCCUCUAAAUGCAACAUCCAAGCCUGAUCCAUCACACCAUGCCGAUCCCAGUCCAUCCAAAACCAGCUUUGGGAUCUUCAGUUCUCUGAAUGCCAAUGCUCCAGGAAAGCAAGAUGCAGCAGCCACAAGUUAUCAAUCCAAUCGAUGCCCUCCGUAUGCUCCAUCGAAUAAUCCUUACCUGCAUGGAGCCUCAGAAAAUACGAAGUUCCCAGCAACAAAAUCCAACGAAAAUAUUAACAAGGGAAAGAAAAGCUGGGGAAUAUUCAGUAAGGACAGUCAGAAUGAUCCCCCAAACAGGAUAUCAAAGCCAAGCUAAGGCGAAGGUAGAUCAUAUUUACAGUGAUUGUUUCAGAUAAUACAUGGUAGGCUUAAUUUUUUAUGAGGAUAUUUAUUUAGCCAGAGAUUUUUGUUUCAGACAGGUAUUCUGUGAAUGCCCUGUUUUGAAGGGGCAACAUAAAAAUUUUCCAAAUAUCUUUGUAAUAAGUUCUUUUCUUGUCAUUGGAGAUGUUAUGCCAGCAUACUAAAUCAGUUGUGUUUAGCA